AUGGGCCGAAAGAAGAGAAAAAAUAAACUGGUCCUAAAACCCUUCUGUUUUUACUGUACCAGAGAAUUUGAUGAUGAGAAGGUGCUAAUACAACAUCAGAAAGCAAAACACUUUAAAUGUACCGAAUGUAGUAGGAAGUUGGAUACUGCUACCGGAUUGCAAGUUCAUAUGCAACAGGUCCACAAGACAACACUGACCCAAGUACCUAAUGCUAUGGAUGGGCGGGAGAAUCCAGAAUUGAUCAUUUAUGGUAUGGAAGGAGUACCUCCAUCCUAUAUUGAAGAAUAUCAAAAUAAGGUCAAGCAAAAGAUGGGUGAGAGGGAUUCCAGAAAGCAGCAAAGGAUUAACUGGACUCAAGUGGCAAUGGCGCCAACGUUAGAACAAUUUAUACAACAGACUAAAGCGGGAAAUUUUUACUUUCCUGGCUUUUCGCCCGCCCCUCAAAUGGACGCUUCCGGCAUUAAACAACCAGUAGUACUUGGCCCUAAUGGAUUACCUGUUGCCGCCCCUCAAAUAAUAACUGACAACACAGCAAAAUCAUCACUAUAUCCAGUACAACUGAGGGACAGCAUCACUCCUGUUAAAAUAAUAUCUUUGCCAGGCGACCCACCAGAACCUGUACAUGUACCACCCCUCGGCCCAAAUUUGAAACUAACCUUUUCAAAAGAAAAUGUUUCUAUAGAAGAAUUAAGGGCCACAACACUUUAUGGUUAUAAAUCAUUUGAAGCAUAA